AGCUUCCUGCCUGGCGCAAUCGUGCGCGUCAAGCUGCUCCACUUCGUCACGUACGACGCAGUCGAGUUCCGCCCCGGCCCGUACCUCAACAUGGUCAUCGGGCCGAACGGCACGGGAAAGUCGACGGUCGUGUGCGCCAUUGCGCUGGGCCUCGGCUGGAAGCCGGCUGUGCUGGGCCGCGCCAAGGACGUGGCGGCCUACGUGAAGCAGGGCUACGACGACGGCUCCAUCGAGAUCGAGCUGAAGGGCCCGAAGGGCAAGAGCAACCUGAUCAUCAAACGCUUCAUCAGCAAGCGCGACAACAAGUCCGACUGGCAGCUCAACGGCAAGAAGAGCACGCAGAAGGACGUCACCGCCAAGGUCGCCGAGCUCAACAUUCAGAUCGAGAAUCUCUGCUCGUUCCUGCCGCAGGACAAGGUCGCCGACUUCGCGCGCAUGGCACCGCCGGAGCUGCUCAAGGAGACGCAGCGCGCCGCCGGCGAGGAGCGCCUCAGCGAGUGGCAUGCUAAGCUGAUUGAGCUCGGGAAGGGCGACCGCGAGCUGUCGGAGAGCCUCGACAAGGAGAAGAGCGAGAUGCAGAACCUGCAGGAGCGCAACGACGUGCUGCAGCGCGACGUGCGCAGGUACGAGGAGCGUCGAAAGAUUGAGGAUGCCAUCGAGAAUCUCAAGGUGGCCAUCCCCUUCGCCAAGUACGCCGAGAUCAAGGCCCGCUACGACGAAUGCAAGAAGGACCGCGACGCCCGCAAGAAGGAGCUGCUCGAGCUGCGCAAGGAGCAGGAGCCGACGGAGACCAUCCUGGAGGAGCUCACGGACUACAAGGAGAAGAUCGAGCUGCGCCGCAAGGCCGUCGAGAAGUCGAUCGAGAAGGACGUGCGCGCGCUGACCAAGCGCCAGGAGUCCAUUGACGUGCUGGUGAGCGAAGGCAAGAUGUCCGACACGACAGAGAAGCUCGACACUGUCAAGCGCCGCGAGCUCGAGCGCACGCGCCACAUGAAGACGCUUCAGGACUCUAUCCGCGAUCUGCAGGCAGGCCUCGGCGACGAGUCGCCGCGUCAGGAGACUGCUGCGCUCGACCGCUCGCUGCGUGAGGUCAAGGAGAAGAUCCGCACCAUCACGCGCGACAACCGCGAGAAGCAGACGGCGAUGGAGGAGAUCGCCAACGACUGCCGUAGUCUGCACCGGCAGAAGACGGAGAUCACGCAGAAACUAACUGAGCUCGACAAUGUCAAGGGCCGUCGGCUGAAGAUCCUUGAGCAGGCCGACAACCAGGCCUUCCGCGGCGUCAUGUGGCUGCGCGAGAACCAGGGCAUGUUCCAGGAGAAGGUCUACGAGCCCGUCAUGCUCGAGCUGUCCAUCAACGACACGCGCCGCGCCGCCGCGGUGGAGAGUUGCAUCAACUGGCAGUCCAUGCGUACCUUCGUGUGCCAAACACGUGCGGACUACGACCUGUUCACGCGCGAGCUGGUCGACAAGCAGAAGCUGCGUCUCAACGUCGUCGAGCAGGAGGGCGGCAAGACGCUGUCGCAGCACAACCGCCCGUGCUCGCAGGAGAAGCUCGAAGAGCUAGGCUUCCAGGCCUUCGUCAUCGACCUGAUCGACGGGCCGGAGCCUGUGCUCAACUACCUGUGCAGCAGCGCCUACCUGCACACCAUCCCCGUCGCCGCGGAUGAGCGCGGCGUGAACGCGGAGGCGGUCGAAGAGUCGCGCCUGUUCAAGCGCUUCAUCGUCGGCCAGACGAACCACACGAUCUCGUACUCCAACUACGGCAACCGCUCGGCGCAGACGCUGUCGCGCGGCCUGAAGGACGCUCGCACGUUCAAUGUGUCCGUCAACGUGCAGGAGAAGCGGCAGCUUGAUGAGCGCAUGCAGGACUUCGCUGACAAGCUCAAGUCGAACGAGAAGGACCAGGGCAAGCUGCAGAAGGAGCUGCAGGUCAACCAGAAGAAGCUUGACGAGCUGGAAGCACGCAAACUUGAAGAGGAGCGAGUCGAGGUGCAAGGCGCUCGCAACAGAUGGGAGAAGGCCAAGGUGGCGCUUGACACCAAGCGCGUGUCGCUCAAGAGAGAGCAGGAGAAGCCCAGCAGCGCCGUCGAGCGCCAGAAGCUCAAGGAGACCGUUGUCGAGCUCGUCCGGAAGCAUGCUUCGGUGACCCAGGAAGUCAAGGCCUACAUCACGCAGCAGGUCAAGCUUCGUGCUCAGCACGAGUCUUUGAUCCUGCAGGGUUUGCAGCACGACGGCAAAGUGGCUGCUGUGCGUGCGCUGCUCAAGGCGCAGGCUGCCAGCCACAAGGACGCAGAGCGAGCUCUGGAGCACGGCGCAAGCCUAUGCGAUGACCAUGUACGACAACCACGAGCAAGCCUUUGUCACUGGGGCCCUCGAGGCAUCCGUCAGUGUAGCGCAUGCGUCUGCUCUGCCGCCUGCUCACAUCUCGCACAUUGCUUCCAGAUGGACCGGAGCGUGCAGGAGCUCGAGGAUGAGCUCAUUGCAAACAAGGCGCAGCUCAACCUCGUCUCGGGCGUCAGCGCCGGCGUGAUCGAGACUUACAACAAGCGCAAGAAGCUGAUCGACGCUCUAGAGAAGAAGGUCAACGAGAAGGAGACCGAGAAGGCGCGCUCGGAAGCGGCGCUCAAGAAGUACAAGGACCGCUGGCUCUCGGCGCUCACUGAGCUCGUCUCGGCGGUCAGCGAGAAAUUCUCGCAGGCAUUUGAGCGCAUCGGCUGCUCAGGCGAGGUCCGCAUCUCCGAGAACGCAGACUUUGACCUCUGGGGCAUCGACAUCCUCGUCAAGUUCCGCGACACGGAGGCCCUGCAGCUGCUCACCGGCCAGCGACAGUCGGGCGGCGAACGCUCGCUGUCGACGAUCCUGUACCUCAUGAGCCUCACGGAGCUCAGUCGCAGCCCCUUCUCGCUCGUCGACGAGAUCAACCAGGGCAUGGACCAGCGCGCCGAGCGUGCCGUGCACGACCAGAUGGUCGAGGUGACGUGCAAGGACACCGCGAGCCAGUACUUCCUCAUCACGCCCAAGCUGCUGCCCAACCUGCGCUUCCACGAGCGCAUGAAGGUCCUCAUCAUCAACAACGGCGAGUGGCUGCCCGAGACGUUCAACUGUGAGUGUCGCAGAUAG